AUGCCUUUGUUUGGCAGUAAGAUGCAAUGCAUCGCGGUGUUCUGCGGCGUGGUCGCGCUGGCGGCCGGCGGCGCCGUCAACUACUGCGGCGCCAGGAUGUGUGCUAACACUAAUGCGCACACUUUCUGUCAGUUCCCUGAAGGACCAAGUCCACACUGCGAGGGGUACAUAAGCGCUCGCCUCACCAUAGAGGAGAAGUCACGGCUGAUAGCGAGGCUGAACAGACGGAGGAACGAAGCUGCAUCAGGCAUCAUGCGGGGCUUGCCCACAGCUGGGAAUAUGCUCAAGUUGCGUUGGGUGGAGGAGUUGGCUCGAGAAGCCCAGCGGUGGGCAGACCAGUGUAGGCCACCAAGACCAAUUGAGGAGCACGAUGCUUGCAGAAAUCUAUAUUCCCUGACGGUGGGGCAGUGCGUGGCGUCCGUGGUGGGCGAGGCGCCAGGCCUCAAGGUCGAGUCCAUGGUCGACAUCUGGUACAUGCAGAGUAUGCUCUUCAAGGGAAACGUCACCUUCUAUGUGCCACCUACUCCAAACGGCAGCUUCUACGGUGACUUCGCUCAGAUAAUUUGGGCUCGGAGUUAUAUGGUCGGCUGUGGACGAAGUAGAUUUAUGACGCAAUGGCAAGGCCGUCUCCGAAGCGUGGAGCGUCUGGUAUGCAACAUAGCGCCAGCGGGGCCCAUACCCUCGCGGCCGCUGUGGGCCCCCGCCGCGCCGGCCGCCCUGUGCCCGCCUCGCUCCAUACAGGAUCACAUGCUGAAGGCCCUAUGUGAUUACCGCUGGGACCCGGACGAUCUAUCAGCCAUAGGCUCUUCGAUGACAUUAGAAGAGCACCUACUUUUAAAUACAGUAUUAGAAAUAGAGGACAAUCAGACACUAAACUAUUUAGGAAGCCUAGACGAGAUUUAUUUAACUAAGAUGGCAAUAGCAACAUUAGAGAAUAUUAUCACAACGCAAGUAAAUUCUAUGCAAAGAAGAGAUGUCGUUGAAGUGAUAGAUAUGGAUUCACUUUACGUAAAUAUAAGUAGUACGACGAUUGCACCGACGGCGAUGGUUCCACCGAAGAUGGCCACGGUCCCAUCCACGGCGACAGUUCCACCGAUGAUUCUACCGACGAGUACACUGACGACUCCGCCUACACUUCCCCCACCAGUCGUGGUACCAGCAACAAACACAACGCUACCUCCAGACAAAAACACGACAACUAUCAAAGUCACUAAAACAACAAAGAAGAAAAUCAGUCUAAUCGGAAGACCAAGAACGUACAACAUGGAAGACUUAACAGAUUUCGAUGAAAAGACAGAAAAUAACACACCUAUUGAGGAAAAGGAAAUACCAAAGAGAGAAAAGGAAUUUUAUGCAGAGUACGAUUUCCUUGAAAUUGCCGACGAUAAUGUAUCAUCUACGUUAACUACUACAAUGACUACUACAAUUACCACUACAAUGACUACUAUAGAUUUGACAAAUACUACAGAAGCCCCAAGUGUAGUAAAUGUUUUAAUAAAUCCGGAUGUUCUGAGAGACGCUGUGACGAGAUUGAGCCAGAAUUCAAAUGUGUUAUAUGGUGGACCACUGAAUACACUUAUUACUAAUGAUUUGCUCAAGUCUGAUAUGCCAAGUUUGUACAUCAGUAAUAUUGGUAACGAGAGUAAUACUGGUAAUGAGAUUAACACUGGUAACUGGUCGCAAGCUCUGGUGGUUGGAAAUGCAACGUUUACAACGAGGGAUGAUAUUGAUGACUAUCUCUCCGAUCCUGAAACAGUGCGAGAACUGCAGGAGGCUUUAGAACGUAUAGAGCAAGACAUGGCACCGAAACGAAAGUCAGAGAAACAGGGAAAGGUUCGACGAGAAUUAAGAAAUUUCCCUGAGGAUUCGGAAUCAACAACACAAAUAGACGGGCAAACUUCUAACGGCCAAUAUGAUGCCGAGGUAGAGAGGAACAAAACAUUAGAACGGGGUCCUAUGUACAACAUGGUAAUGAAAUAUAUGCCUUAUUUAAAGCAGUACGAAGGUGGAAUUUUGCCUAAAGAUGGUGAAUAUGGUUCAAGUAUAGCAAGCGGUUUGUCACCGUCCCUUUUUUUAGUUUUAAUUGUGUGUUUGUAAUUGUUUAGGUAUAUUUUAGAUGUAUUUUAAUUGUUUUGGUCGUUGUUAAUUAAAGUUUUUGAG